ACACACCACACACAUACAUCCGUCUGUCAUUCACACUCGUUUACCACACACAUACACAUACACAUACACAUACACAUACACAUACACAUACACAUACACAUACACAUACACAUACACAUACACAUACACAUACACAUACACACUGGCACACACAGAGAUCACAGAUACAAUGGCAGAGUCCCACCUGCAAGCAUCCCUGAUUACAGCCUCACAGUUUUUCGAGAUCUGGCUCCAUUUCGACGUUGAUGGAAGUGGUUACCUGGAAGGUAAGGAGCUACAGAACUUGAUCCAGGAGCUGCAGCAGGCGCGGAAGAAGGCUGGAUUGGAUUUGUCACCUGAAAUGAAAACUUUUGUGGAUCAAUAUGGGCAGAAUGAUGAUGGAAAAAUAGGAAUGGUAGAGCUGGCCCAUGUAUUACCAACAGAAGAGAACUUCCUGCUUCUCUUUAGAUGUCAGCAGCUGAAGUCAUGUGAGGAAUUCAUGCAGACAUGGAGAAAGUAUGACACUGAUCAUAGUGGCUUCAUAGAAACUGAGGAACUGAAGAACUUUCUAAAGGACUUACUAGAGAAAGCAAACAAGACUUUUGAUGACACGAAAUUAGCGGAAUAUACAGACUUGAUGCUGAAAAUGUUUGACUCAAACAAUGAUGGAAAGCUGGAAUUAACUGAAAUGGCCAGGUUGCUACCAGUACAAGAGAAUUUCCUGCUUAAAUUCCAGGGAGUCAAAAUGUGUGGGAAAGAGUUCAAUAAAGCUUUUGAGUUAUAUGAUCAGGAUGGCAACGGAUACAUAGAUGAACAUGAAUUAGAUGCUUUACUGAAAGAUCUCUGUGAAAAGAAUAAGCAGGAUCUGGAUGUUAACAACAUUUCAACAUACAAAAAAAGCAUCAUGGCUCUGUCGGAUGGUGGCAAGCUGUACCGAACAGACCUGGCUCUCAUCCUCUGUGCUGGUGAUAACUAGAGACCCACAAUUAUAUCCACUCACUAGUGAUACAUUGUAUCUAUACAAUAACUGUGCACUAUAAGGGAGUAGGCUGUACUUUCUUUUAUAUCUGUAAAUUUACCUGCAUAUAGAUGAUUAUCCAGGAUGUGUGGCACAUUCUUUUCAGUUUGUUUCUAUACUGUUUGUAAUGUACAGUUUUUGUAACUCUAUGAUCAAUCGAUAAGAAGAAUGUCUCUGUCUAGGUCAGUCUGUAAAUUCAAUAAAGAACCACCUAAAAUUGAUCUUGCUUUCUGAAAUAUAGCUGGACAAGAUUUCAAAAAGGAAAAAAUGCUGCUUAGGGCUCUUCUGUGAAAAUUAUCCUCUGUCAUUUCAAUCCAUGUUACUCCCCAAUUAGAAGCAUUGCAUACAAUGGAGCAGGCAGCCUUAUUUUAGGAGGGAUCAUAGGUCUGACACCCAAAGCAUUUAUGUGCCAUGAACACAGUCACAGGGAGAAGGAUGCUCAUUCACUGAAACAUAAAUAUCUAGAAAAAUGAAUUACUUACAUCUCUGUGCAGCCAUAGUGAGGAAGGAGUUAAUCACAUCUAUUCUGUGGAAUAGAAUCCAUAACAACACUACAUUUAUUAAAUACAAUUAGCAAUGAAAAUCAAUAAAACAAAUCAAUCAACCAGUAAAUAUUUAUUAAGUACCUACUAUGUGCCAGACACUGCUAAGUGCUAGAGAUACAAAAAGAGGCAAAAGACAGUCACUGCCCUCCAGGAGUUCGUUGUCUACUGGUGGUGGGGGGAGCUCAGGCACUAUUAGGAACUAGUGAUUAGAAAUUCAAAAUGGGGGGCAGCUAGAUGGUGCAGUAGAUAAAGCACCGGCCUUGGAUUCAGGAGGACCUGAGUUCAAAUUCGACCUCAAACACUUGACACUUACUAGCUGUGUGAACCUGGGCAAAUCACUUAAUCCUCAUUGCCCCAUAAAAAAAAAUGCAAAAUUAAAAUGGUCCCUCCCACAAGGAGUUUUCCAUCUACCAGAAUGUAUACUCUAUUUACCUUGUUCUGGAAUACUCGCCAAUAUAAAGCUUUUUUCAUCAAACUCUUGGUCCCAGUUAAUUUGGUAGUGAGGUAAGAAAAGUUGGCACUUGGGUAGAAACAUGGAUUUGUCUCAUUCUGUAAAUGUAAUUUCUCACCAAGCCUGCCAUCAAAGAUGAUGAACUUAAUCCAUUUUCUAUACUAUUUUCACAUGUUGCAGAUUAUAAUUAUUCUAGUAAACUGCUGUUUUUACAUCAUAGUCUGUGUAACUUGUAAUUAAAUUUAAUAUACUAUACCUUGGUGUCUAGUUUUCCAUACUUCCUGUAUUUUCUUCACCUAAAGGUGGUAUCAUCUUCAACAAAUGUCUCUGCUGCCUCUGAAAAUAUUUCCUAGCUCUAACAAUUAUUUUACCAAGUAAUCAAAUUUUAAUUAAAGAGUCAUGUUUAAAAAAAUGGUUAAAUGUUAGCUUGUCAAUAUUCUGGUUUAUGCCAUGGGCUCUAUAUUCCAUCUUGUGAAAUCAGCAUUCAAAAUAGUCUGAGUUCUAUUUGUAUAUUGUGCUUAAAAAGAGUUUUAAAAUACUGUUAUCUGAGGGGAAGAUUUAUUUCCUUUCAAUUACCUUAUUAAAAAGAUGAACGUUACUGGCAGUCUUUUACCCAGAACUGGUUUACAAUAUCAUGUAACACUAACUGGACCAAUCUCUGGUGGUUAUUGUUGGACCCUAACAGCAUCUGCCUUUUGAUUGUCUAAUCAUGAGACAGAUCUAAGGAAAGGAUAAAGAGAGCUAUUUAUAGAGAAAACAUAAAGGUGUGCAUGCAUAGAAGACAGUAAAUGAAGGCUCUGGAUUUCAUACAUCUCAGCUGAUUUUUUCUUCCCUUUAUCUAAAUGAGGCAAAAUGGGUGUGCUGUAACUCAGUGAAAGAAAGGUAGAGAUCUACCAAGAGAUAUCAUUCACCCAAUUGUUUAAAUGAAUUGUAGAUAAGCUUUGUUCUUAGUGUGUAUGUGAACACACUAAAUUUAGGCUGACUUUCAUUAUUAAGAGCAAAUAAAGGGGGGAAAUGGAUGUACCUUGUAGUUUUUGUUCCUUCUAUAAAGUGUCUGACUUUCUAUGACCGAUGCAGACUAAGAUGUUUUACUACUCUAGCCCAAAAGAUUUAAAUGGACUAAAAUCUCUACUAUAUGUUCAUAGAGUAAAUGGAGUGAAGAUUUACAUGAAAGAAAUUUCAACAAUCUGAACUGGAAAUGUCAUUUCGAAACGAUAUAUUAAAAUAGUAUCUUCUCCAGAAUA